UAUCUCUGCUUUUACUCACCUUUUAAGGCCUGUUUUAUGUAACUCUGUGGUUUAAUGUGUUUCUUUUCAGCUCAGAUAAAAGCCAAGUUUAUAUCAGAAGUGGUCAGUGUAAGCUAAGACCCAAACUAUUGUUAAAAUCUUGAUAGAAGCUUUUCAAUCGUUGGAUGCAAGUGAAGUUCUUUCGGUUUAGAAUGAUUAUAUUUCAUGUUUUAGGAUGGUUAGGAUGCGUCUGACAUGUGAACGGAUAAUUUCACACAUUUUAACUAAUAGUGAAAUAAUUUGCUUAAGAAAACGCGAAAUAAAUUAUACACGCUUUGCUGGAUCAGACUUGUGGAUGGAUACCUGAUACAUGUGUGUUUUGAAUACAGUUUCCAGAUUAAGAUGAUUUAUAGUUUGGGCAGAGGAAAAGUGAAUAAAUGUAUAGCACAGAGGAGGGACAGGGAGUAUAUAUGUUACUCGUUACAAAGGAAGGACAGUGAAUACAUGGGUACAAGGAUACUGAGGUUAGAGCUGCCAGGAAAAACAAGGCCUAAGACCAAAGAGGAGAAUAUGUGGAUGUAGUUCGAGAGGACAUUAAAGGUGCACUAUGUAGCUUUUCUUUUGGGUGGUCUGUCACAUGCAUGGUUGCCUCUAUGAAUAUUAUUGUGCUGUCUGGACUGCUCCACAGACAUUAAAUAUAACUGUCUUACAUUUACAAAAUGUAAACAUGUUUUUGUUUUGUUUUUUAACUGUGUGGGGAUGAGAUCGCCUGUCCACAGAUCUGGCCUGAUGGUGUAACCUUCUUGUUUCCUUGGAGAUAUCAGGCAGUCAUCAUGUGCUGUUUGCAGUGAUGUUGCCGCUGAAGGAGAAGGACAAAGCUCUGGUUCAGAAGCUGCUGUCGUCUGGCUGUUGUCCUCGGUGUGUCCUGCGCUUCUGCUGCAUCAACGUCCAGUCCCUUUACAAGAGACUGCCCCAGGAACUACUUAAGGAGCUCAAAGAGUUCAUUGGUGAUGGUGAAAGCUCAACAGGAAAAACCAUAGAGAAUAAGAGCCUAUCAGAUGCAGGCACUGAACAGGAAGCAGAUGAAGCCCCGCCCCCAAAGCGUUUCAAACCAGAGGAGACUGAACCAACGAGAGAAGAGGAGAGUCCCAUAUGUCCAGUAUGUCUGGGGGUCUUACAGGAGCACUGCGACCAAACUCUGGCCUCAAAGGUGGCAGAAGCAAUAAAAACAGAAAAUUAUGAAUUUGACUCCUUGGUUUUGUCAGUGUCUCUUCCUGCUCAGCUCUGUGUUCGAGAGCAUUCGUGUUGGCUUCAUGUAAAGACUGAAGUGAGAACAAAGAGUCUUGUAUUGGGAAAAGACGAUGUGAUUCAGGUGAAAGAAGCGUUCAAGUGGGUCAUGCAGAGUCUGGUCUCAAAGACACUAGGGGGUGCUAUGGUGGUCUCAAAGAGUGCGUUUGAGGUCGGUGUAGAAUUUGUUCAUCCAGAUACUGACAAAGACUGCCAUUUUCUAGCAACAACGUGCCCAGACUGCUUCAAACCAACAAAAAAUAAAGAGUCAGUCUUCACACGUAUGGCUGUUGUCAAAGCCUUGGAGAAAAUUUCUGACACCAAUUUUUUGAAACACUACCCUUGCCCUCCCCCACGGCCCUCAUCUAGCUGUGUGUCACGGGAUGUGCAGUGUCUGCACACAUCAGUCUUCAUUGCAGGCAGGUACAAUAAGUUUUGCCGCACUUUACCACAGACACCGUGGCUCAUCAACGGAGAGCGGAGGAUGGAGUCUUCUGUGGAGGAGCUCAUUGCUGGACCAAUUCUGGAGACAUUUAGAGCCACAGGUUUUAAUUUUUCCUCAUCUGGCAGAGAAGACGUGGAUGUGAGAACACUUGGAAAUGGACGUCCAUUUGCGAUGGAACUGAUCAACCCUCACAAACCCAGGUUUAACAGGGACCAAAUAAAAAAGAUACAACAGACCAUAAAUGAUUCUUCUGACAAAAUCCGUGUUCGAGAUCUACAGAUAGUAUCCAGAGAUGCAAUGGGUCGAAUGAAGGAGGGAGAGGAAGAGAAGACUAAGUCAUACCGAGCUCUUGUCUGGACUCAAAAACCCAUUGAGAAAGAGGACAUCAUCUUUCUCAAUGACAUUAAGGAGCUGACCGUGGAUCAGAAAACCCCUCUGCGAGUGCUCCAUCGUCGUGCAUUGGCCGUGAGACCCAGAGUGAUCCACAGUAUGAGCUCAGAGUACAAGGACCCACACCACUUCUAUCUGGGGCUCAAGACACAGGCCGGCACAUACAUAAAGGAAUUUGUUCACGGAGAUUUCGGUCGAACCAAACCAAACAUGUGUCGACUGUUGCAGAUGGAGACAGACAUUUUAGAGCUGGAUGUAGAGUCUGUAGAUGUGGACUGGCCGCCUCCGAUACCAGAAUGAACCCCGACUUGAGCUGCGCUGAAAUGGACAAAUCAAACCUGACAGAAAACCAAAUGCCAGACCAGGGUCGUAGAAGAUACCUGGAUGAGAUGAGAUGUUAAUUUGGUCUUAAUGAGAGCAAGAGAGCUUUGAGCCUUUGUACUGUGAUCCUUAAGAGUAUCAAGUCUACAAAAAGUAUAGUAUAAAUUAUAUCAUGGACUUUUCAUUUGAACACUGAAAUAAAUCCUUAUUUGUUCAGAUUUCACUUUUAGUAAAUGUUCAAAGUGGUUAUUCACUCAUUUGGCCUUAUUUUCAAAAUUCUCUGUAUUCUGGUUCAAACAUUCUUGUGUAAGUACGUAUGACUGCUACAGACUGCUACAAUUCUAAAUCGUAAAAUUAAGUUAAAAAUCUUGCAUAAUUUUGGAUUAUUACCUCAGUCAGAAAAUUGUUUUCUUUGUGUGUAAAUUGUCCCUGCAUUUUGCAUUGAAUUCUGUGUGUUGAUGACAUAGAGGGAUUCCUUUUUUUCUUGAAAUAGUGAUAAAUGUUUACCACAGGUCGGUCCCCCAAACAAGAUAUUAAAAAAAAAAAAGGUCUUCAUAUGCACUUUGGAACAUUUGCAGGUAUCAGCGAUUCUUUAAGAAAAAGCCAAAGUGAAUAGUCAAGACACCAAAACCCCUGAAAUGUAUUUCCUUUUAAUUUAAUUCAAAAUAAAUACUACCACGGCAAUGCAAGUCCACUACUGGGUUCUUGCCCUAAUGUUUUGGUAAGAAAACAAACAAGCAACGAACAAACAGACAAUCCCCAAAAAUAAAACAAAACAAAAAAGACUUAGUUAAUGCAUCCAACAUCAUCAUCUUCAUCCAUUGACUUUCACUCAGGAGGUGCCAUUUUAAAACGACAUAGAGAAAACACUGUCUAGAAGAUGACAAACUUAAACUAUGGUACAAAAGUUAUGGAAUGGACCCGAUGAACCAGCACUGCAAAAAAUCAAUAUGGCCGCACUUUGCCGUUGUCUUUUUGUUAUUUUUUCAAGUUCAAGGGUAUAAAGUUUGUACGGCUUUCGCGGCAUCGAAGGGGAGGGUAGGAAGGAACAACAUUGUGAUACAAAGUCCCCAAGUUAUUCCCCAAAACAUAAAAUAAACGUGUACAAUAUC